CGUCAGCGCCAGUAGGCAGUGGCGCUCCAUGCUGCGUCUACUUAUAAGAUGUCUAUGAUCACUGCAGCCAGACGACGGAGGACAAAUAAUCGAAGUGUGAAAGAGGGGAAAAAAACAUUUAAAUGUUUGAAAUAAUUGAUAUGGAAUCGACAAACGUGUGUAGUGACGAAAUGAAAUAUAUCACGUGACUUGAAAAAUCGAUGGCGUCGUACGAGGAGGAACUUUCUCGAACCAGCGAGGAAAAGGAGCGACGUCGACAACAACAGGCAGCUGUUAGCAAGACUCCAAAUGUGCUACACAUUGAAGACUACCAACAGCCCCCUCACAUUAAAGAAGAAGAUGAAGAACUCCGUACCAAUCUGGAGGUGGAGUGUCUGCCGGGACUGGAAGAGGCUGAUCUCACCAAGUUGCCACUGACUGGUGUCUCUGUGACGACUGAUGACCAUGAAGAGCAACCACCUGAGUCCUCGCAGCUUCGCAUCAGUCCAAACAUCCAGCAGCUGUUUUGCCAUCAAGAAGAACGUCCCCUGGAGCUGCAGGGGGGCAGGUCUAGUUUGGAUCAAGAGGAUCCACAACCCCCCCACUUUAAAGAGGAAGAGGAGGACCUCUGUAUCACGCAGGAGGGAAAGUAUAUUUUAGGGCCGGAGGAGGCUGAUCUCACCAAGUUGCCACUGACUGUUGUCUCUGUGAAGAUUGAAGAUGAUGAAGAUGAGGCACAAGCAGACCCCCUCUUAGCUCCAAUGUCAGAUAGUGAAGACACAGCGUCACACUCUCCUGAAGAUGACGACACCCAAGAACCUUUGAGCAGCGAUACAGGCUGUGAAGGUGAUAUAGGGACUCAAACUGACAAGCACUCUAAAAAGAAGACAGUUAAAAAACGUGUGAGCUGCUCAGUUUGUGAUAAAAGAUUUCCUUUUAAGAGGGAUUUGACUCCACACAUGCGGACGCACACGGGGGAAAAACCUUUUAGUUGUUCAGUUUGCGGUAAAGGAUUCUCUCGAAAGGGGAAUUUGGCUCGACACAUGCAGACGCACACCAGAGAAAAACCUUUUAUUUGCUCAGUUUGUGGUAAAAGCUUUUCUCAUAAGCACAAUUUGACUCAACACGUGUGGACGCACACCGGCGAAAAAUCGUUUGGUUGUUCAGUUUGUGGUCAAAGGUUCUGUCAAAAGUCAAACAUGGUAAUACACAUGAGAACACACACGGGCGAAAAAUCCUUUGGUUGUUCAGUUUGUGGUCAAAGAUUCUCUCAAAAGUCAAAUAUGGAAAUACACAUGAGAACACAUACUGGAGAAAAGCCUUUUGAUUGUUUAGUUUGUGGAAACAAAUUUACUCUGAAGAGUAAUUUGACUCGGCACAUGCAGAUACACACUCGAGAAAAACAUUUUAGCUGCUCAGUUUGUGCCAGAACCUUUUACUAUAAGCACAAUUUAACUCAACACAUGUGGACUCACACGGGCGAGUAAUUCUUUGGUUGUUCAGUUUGUAUUUAAAGAUUCUAUCAAAUAUGGGUUGUACUUGUAUAGCGCUUUUCUACCUUCAAGGUACUCAAAGCGCUUUGACAAAUAUGGUAAUAAUACACACGAGAAGACAAUUGGGCGAAAAUGGUUUCAGUUUAUGAGCAAAGUUAUUCUUAAGACACGGCUAAAUAUGUUCCUUCCUGAUCAGUUUGAGUUAAAAGAUUGUCAAAUGAUAGAAAUGUAAGGUCACGUGUGAGAAGUCACCUUGAAAGUGAGGAUAUGCUGUGUGUAUGAUACCAGAUUCCCUCAUGAGUUCCAAGUUGGUGUGCAGCUAAGAGCCACAACUAUAUCCCAUCUAUUUUAAUUUAUACAAUUGUCAUUAUUGAUACAUUAAUGGUAAUGAAAUGUUUGUGUUGUCUAAAUGUUCUGUUUUACUGUAAAACAACAAAUAAAAUCUGGUUUA